GCUGGCAAGGGCCUUGCAACAUGCUCGCUGCAAUCCCUCGGUUACAGAGGAGGAAACUGAGACCCAGGCAGGAGAAGGGGCCCGUGCAGCUACAGCAACGUUACAACAGAGCCCAGCCAGGUCCCCAUUUUGGGUGUAUCUGUGCGCCCGGGUGCGAAUACGGGUGCGCGCGUGGGUUGCCAGGCAGUUUGCAUGAGUAAUGAAGGGAGUCUUCGAGUUUUCUCAACGAUCCUGGUCACCCCCAGCCUUCUUGACCGCCCCCCAGCUUUCUCGACCUGCAGCCAGUCCCUGUUCCUAGUGGGAAUUCUUUUGUGAGAAGACACAGCGACUGUGCCAAGUAUCUCAUACAUUCAAGAGGCUCCACGCCGCCCCCCUCACGUUCCAGGGAGCUUGCAGACCUGCUCCCCAGCUAGGCUCCUCCAGCCCCACCGGAGAACAGGGGAGGGGAGGUGCGCGGAGAGCAGGCCCCGCCCCCACGGCAGGGUCUCCCUGCCCCUCCCCCUGCCCCAGAGGAGUCUGGGAGGGGCGACCGGUGCAACCUGCCAAGAGAAUCCCGGGGAGGGAAGUUUUCUUCCCCAAAAUGGCUUGCCCGAGAGGGAGUGGGGCAGGGUUUUUCUCUGAAUGUUGACCCAUGUCAAUAUGUACUGGGGCCAGAAAAUACAGACACUUAAAUUUAAGAAAAGAAAGCGGCUGAUCCUUGGGUCCACACCUCUCAUGAUCUCCAAGUAAACAAGCCAGUGGAAGAUCAGUUUGUGCAAUCACCCCAGGCCUCCACCGGGUGGAGAGGAAAAGGAUACCGGGAAGACGGGCCCGGAGCCCUUUUCUACUAUCGUCCCCCCAACUAUCCUAACUCCCCCUGAUUCUUCCUGAUUCUCCCUCCCUCUCUGCCCCCACAGCAGAUGCUACUAGGUGCUCACAAGCUCCCGGGGGAUACCGAUGCUGCUGGUUCAGGGACCCCGCUCGGCGAACCACUCCUUCAGAGCACGAGGUCGUCCCGCAGUCCCUGUUUCCCGGGGCUGUGGCCGUGAGGGCUGGAGGGAAUCCACUAGAAGCAGAGGUGCCCGUCAAGUGGGCACCAGCCACGCCGAUGUCUGGGUCUUCCUUGAGGAGGGAUGGAAGGCGAGGACCGUGGGGCCAGGCUUCCAGUUGACUCGGCCCGGCAGUGCUCCCUGGAGCUGGACUGGGCUCCCCCUGGCUCAAGGGCCCUCCCGACCACUUAGGAGGAGGACAGAAGGGGAGCCCACAGCACACGUGCAGGCCUGGAGCCCAGGGGCCACCUGGACCAUCACAGAACUGCCGGCCAUCAGGACUCCAGGGAGGGGUCACAGCGUGGGCUUGGGGAUCAAGGAGCCACCGGGUCAAGAGAGCCGUGCAAAUCGCGAGGUGGAGCCUGGCCUUUCUCCUAAAGAUGGAACACGGGAGAGAGAGGGAGGCUUUGAGGAUGCCCCCCCCCCAAGUUUCUGAUUCUGAGGUGAGGAGCAGACAGGUGGGCUUGGUGGGGGCUGGGGAGGAAGGCUCGGUUCGUGCACCUUGAACUGAAAGUGCUAGGUGGCCCUCUGGCUGCCAGUCUCCAGGCGUGGAUGGCAGCUGGCGCGUCUGGAGCUCUGGAGGGAGCUCAGGGUCCCCGGCAUCACAGCCCAGUCAGCACCACAGGGGGACUCUAUGGAGGCUCCCCCCUCCUGCCCCUUCGAAAGGAAGAGCCUCCAGUGACCGCGGGGGACCACAAAGCUUCUGCAGAAAGCAGCCUCACAGCAGGAUGUGUUCUGGGAGGAGCUUUGAGGGCCACGGGGAAGGGGAAGGAAGAGGAGGGACAGAGUCGGGCCUGUGCCACACUGGGCCUUUCUCUGCAGAUCUGCAGGCUGCCGCGGGGACCAGAGACACCCAUUGGAGCCCCUCUGAGCCAUCGGGUUCUCUGGGGCCGGCAGCCUCCCUGCACAGACGGUGGGGAGCCAGUCGGCAGAAAGACUUAGGGAACCGAGCUCCAGCCGAGCUAAGUUUGCAGAACCACGUCUGUGCGGAAAAACAACCACUUUACUUUCCAUUCUGCUGCUGAGACGACCACAUCCUCUUCACACGUACCCCAGGCUCCCAUGGAGAGCUCAGAUGCUGAGCUGGAUCUCCAACGCGUGCAGGCCGUGCUCCGGGAGCUCGGCGCCCAGGCCCCGUCCCUGCAGAGCAACCAAGGCAUGUGGAGAUGGUCCCUGCAUAAGAAGGUGGAGCGAGAUCCUGGAAAGAGUCCGGCUCUGGUCCGCAUUCUGCUCAGAGAACUGGAGAAGGCAGAGAGCGAAGACAUCCGGCAUGCGAUCAUUCCCUUGCUGCACACGCUAAUGUAUGUGCUCACUAAGGCCACGGGCAUCACGGAGGAGCUCUACCGGAGAACCUACACCUUUUGCACAAGGUUGCUAACCCUGCCCGCCCCCUACUGCACGGUCGCCUUGGACUGCGCCAUAAGGCUGAAAACCGAGACCGCUGUCCCAGGGACACUGUACCAAAGGCUGGUCAUUGCCGAGCAGAACCUGACGAGUGAGCUGUACCCCUACCGGGAGAGAGCAUUCCUCUUCGUGGACCCCGAGCUGGUGUCCCCGUCCGUGUGCGGCGCGCUGCUGCUGGAGCUCGAGGCGGCGCAGGCGCAGCAGACGCCCGAGGCCUGCAUGCGCCACGUGGUCGCCCACGCCCUGCAGGCGCCUGGGGACGCCUGCCACGCAGGCGCUCUGCAGAGGAAGCUGCAGGCCAGCCCUCGCCAGGCCCUGGAGCGCUAUUUCCACGCCGUGGUGGCAGCCGUGGAGCAGAUGGCCAGCGAGCCCAGCCCGAGCCGGGAGGGACACCUGGAGAGGCUGGAGGAGAUUUACUGCUCGCUGCUGGGGCCGGAGGCGGCCGCCAGGGGGCGCUGCGGCGGCGACCCCUGCAGUCCCCGCAGCCAAACAUCCCUCUGCCCAGCCCCCACAUCACCUUCCACCUGUGGACGGAUGAAGAACAGCUCUGGAAGGAACUGGUGCCUUCCUGCGCCCGCGAUCCCAGCUGUGCCUCAGCGCCGACUUGGAGGCCUUGGAUCUGCAGGGCCUCUGGCCGGACCGGGAGCUGGCCCGGGUGUCCAUGCUGUCCACAGACAGCGGCAUCGAGCGGGACCUUCCUCCGGGGCUGACGAGCUGCCCUACCGGCAGCCCCGAGAUGGAGCGCGCCAGGCUGCAGCGCAAAGGCGGCGUCAAGAAGCGGGUGCGGCUCCCGGACGUCUUGAUGCCCGCGUGCUGGGACGGGCCCCCGGGUCUACACCGCAGGACGGGCAGGCCCAGUGGGGACGGGGAGCUACUGCCUGGUGUGUCGCGGCUUCACACGGCCAGGGUGCUGGUGCUGGGGGACGACAGGAUGCUGGGACGCCUGGCCCAGGCCUACCACAGCCUCAGGAACGAGAGACCCAGAAGUGCUGCCUCACCCCCAGGCUCAGUCUACAGCUGUACUACAUCCCCGUGCUGGCACCCGAGGCUGAAGAUCGUCGUUCAAUGUCCCCAGCAAGCGGUCCUCAGUUAAGGGUUUACCAGCUUCAUCUGAGAAACAGGCAUCAUGCAGACACUCGGAGCUCAGAGAGCUGGCCACAUUCCUGGGCCGCGCAGACCCGUGGUACGAGAGCACGUGAACACACUGUGCCCGGCAUCCACAAGCUGGCAGAGAUGACCACACUACUGAGGCGCGAGAUUAGGGAACUUGUCCAAAGUAAAAGGCGAGAGGUGGACUCCCACCCGGAACCGGACAGCUUGAUUCCAGCCUCCUCCCUGGACACAUCCCGGACCGUGGACCCCUUCAUCCUCGAUGUCAUCACCUACUACCUUCGCAUGGGCACCCAACCCAUCUACUUCCAGAUCUACACAGUCAAGAUCUUCAGGGACCUGAGCCAACACCCUGCAGAGGACAUUUUUCUCACUGAGCUCAAGGUGAAGAUUCAAGACACCAAGCCCCCCAAAGAUGGCUUUUCACCCAGGAGGAGGGGCGCAGCCGAGGGCCCAGGGGCUGACUCCAUUUGCUACCAGAAGGCCCUGCUCAGCCACCGGGCCCAAGAGGUCGCCGUUUCCCUGCGGGCCACUGGGCUGGUCCUGAAGACCUUUGCAGCCAGUGACACUGAAGUUUCUGGGCCCGCCCCCGCCCCGCCACCUGCUGUUCCCGUGACAGACCACACGUGCCUGAACGUCAGCGUGACGGAGGUCAUCAAGUCCUCCAACUUGGCGGGAAGGUCCUUCUCUAUGGUGACAAACACCUUCCGGACGGCCAACAUCCAGAUCCAGAGCCAGGACCAGAGGCUCCUGACGCUGCUCCUGGACAAGGACAGUCGGCGAACGUUCAAGGACGUGGUCAGAUUCGAGGUCUCUCCCUGCCCAGAGCCAUGUUCCGAGGCCCACAAGUCCGAGGCGUCACAGCUCGGUUCACACGGGCAGGAGGUGGAAGGGACCAAAGCCAAGCCCAAGCCCCUUCUAAUGCCCAUCAACACGUUCUCCGGCAUCGUCCAGUGAGCCCGCAGGGGCAGCAGAAGCGCCGAGUCUGAGAGCCCAGGCCCAAGAGUACGGAUACACUACCCCACCAGCCUCCGAACACUCACGCCGGCCGCCGGAACGAGGCCUGGGCCCUGGGUGGCUUCUGGCUGUGAGUAGGAGCCAGCGAGUGACCGGAGCAUAGGGCGCUUACUGGGCCGUGGCAGGUGAUGGAGCAGGGCCCACACACAGGCCCCAGGAAGGUCCCAGCAAAGCUGCGCACACGCAAGCAAGACCCGGCUCCGUGCACAAAUGUCCACGCCUCCACUGAUCUUCAAUUCCCACUUGUGCGGCUCAAGAUCCCCCCUCGGCCCUUAAACCGCCCCCAGUGAGAGAUGCUGUGUCGGCCAGGGCCCUGUGGCCUGGGGGGGAGGGUGGGGGAUGGGGAGCAGGCAAAGAUAAUUGCAGCCUCUCCCUUCCGAGAGUCUGUUCCUUUUCUUCCUUCCAGCCACCUCCUCGUCCUGCAUUCCCAGGCAGGUGUCUCUCCCGAGUGAGAGGAAAUCGUCAGUUCCGAUAAACACACUAAAGUAC